GAUACCCGACUCUGGUGUUGCAGGUGGCAGCGCGUCCCUUCAUGGGCCUGGCGACUCAGCGCUCUUCAGCCUUGCCCUCUGGUUCCCGCUCGUGACUGUCAUCGCCUCAUCACUCCUUGCUGCGGAGAGCAUCGCAGGGACUUGGAGGACCGGCAUCGAUCGCUUUGGCCCCCGAGUGUCCGUCCGAGCCGAGGGGAGCCCGCCCUCCGGCCCCUUCUCUGGGCCUGGCCAGGCACCUUGCCCGCAGGCGCACAGAUGCGAGCACGGAGCAGCAGAUCACGGAUGCUGGACCUCGCCACGUUGACAAGAUUUCUCUGGGAUACUGCGGAGGAUUACUUUGAAUUGCGGUGGCUACCUGUGGUCUGGAAUAUUUAGAACUUAAGUCUAUUAUUUCGGGCACCAUGACUUUGAGGCUUUUAGAAGACUGGUGCUGGGGGAUGGACAUGAGCCCUUGGAAAGCACUGUUGAUUGCCGGCAUCCCCGAGAGCUGCAGUGUGGCAGAAAUCGAGGAGGCGCUGCAGGCUGGUUUAGCUCCCCUAGGGGAGUAUAGACUGCUUGGAAGGAUGUUCAGGAGGGAUGAGAACUGCAAAGUAGCCCUAGUCGGGCUUGCUGCGGAGACUAGUCGUGCACUGGUCCCUAAGGAGAUACCGGGAAAAGGGGGUAUCUGGAGAGUGCUCAUUAAGACCCCCGACCCAGAUAAUGAUUUUCUAAGCAGAUUAAAUGAAUUUUUAGAGGGAGAGGGCAUGACAAUGGGUGAGUUGACCAGAGCUCUUAGAUAUGAAAAUGGCUCCUUAGACCUAGGGCAGGGCAUGAUCCCAGAAAUGUGGGCCCCUAUGUUGGCACAGGCAUUAAAUGAGGCUCUUGAGCCUGCCCUGCAGUACUUCCACUAUAAAAAGCUGAGCGUGUUCUCAGGCAGUGAUUCUCCAGAACCGGAAGAAGAAGAAUUUGAACCCUGGCUGUUUCAUACUACUCAGAUGUUAAAGGUGUGGGAGGUGUCAGAUGCAGAGAAGAGAAGGCGAGUGCUAGAGAGCCUUUGAGGCCCAGCACUUGAUGUUAUUCGUGUCCUCAAGAUAAACAAUCCUUUAAUUACUGUUGAUGAAUGCCUGCAGGCUCUUGAGCAGGUAUUUGGGGUUACAGAUAGUCCUAGAGAGUUGCAUGACAAAUUUCUAAACACUUACCAGAAGGAGGAAGAAAAGUUAUCUGAUUAUGUACUAAGGCUGGAGCCUUUGUUGCAGAAGCUGGUACAGAAAGGAGCAAUUGAGAGAGAUGCUGUGAAUCAGGUCCGCCUAGACCAAGUCAUUGCUGGGGCAGUCCACAGAACAGUUCGCAGAGAGCUUAAUCUGCCGGAGGAUGGCCCAGCCCCUAGUUUAUUGCAGUUACUGGUACUAAUAAAGGAUUAUGAAGCAGCUGAGGAGGAGGAGGCCCUUCUCCAGGCAGUAUUAGACGGGCAUUUCACCUGAAUCUCAGGGAAUCACAAAGGGAUAUAGCAAUGAGCAGAGCAUGAAAGUAGAACAGUCUAUACUCUUGUGACACACAAAAUCCCUACCUUGUGCUGCCAAGUUACUCGUUUUUGUGCAGUUGUCAGUAUAAGCCCUUUGUUAUUUCUGUGCCUAUUUAAGAUCUAAAGGUGUCAAUGACUAGGAAGGAUGUAGUUCUACACUGCUGUUUACCUAUUUAAAUUCAUUCCUGUGAAUAUCUUGUUUGUUGU